AUGCAUAUUGUCGCCCAAAUGGAUGAGAGAGAACUUUCUCGACGUCUUCUAACAUGUGAACUUGCACACGUCAAUUCUCAAAAUUAUUACGGCCAAACCCCACUAUUUUGCGCAGCCAUAUAUGGCAACGAAUUUAUAGUGAGGGAACUAGCGAACCGCAAUGAUCUGGGGGCAAAUCUGGAAGACCAUAAAGGCCGAACGGCAUUGUCAAUAGCAGCUUGGCAUGGGCAUGAAUGCAUAGUAAGAGCAUUACUGCGGAGAAAGGAUAUAGAUUUAAAGAAAAGGGAUAUUUAUGGCUAUUGUGCCCUUUUAAAAGCGGCUGUGCAAGGUCACUGUGGUGUGGUAAAACUAUUGUUGCGCCAUCACGAUGUGAUACUGGACGUAAAUAACAAUGAUGACCGCUCCCCGCUUAUCUGGGCAGCGGUACAAGGACAUCAUGACAUACUUCAUAUACUGAUGGAAACAAAAGCUGCUCAAGUAGACCUGAAAGAUCGAUUCCAUCGCACAGCACUAUCUUACGCUGCGAUGCAGGGGCAUGUUGAUGUGGUGAGAACGCUGCUAGAUUGUGGCGAGGUUGAGGCAGACUCAAUCGACGAGAGCGGCCGAGCACCACUUUCCUGGGCAGCAGGAAAGGGACAUCACGACUUGGUCAGGCUACUGGUAGAGAGGAAGGAUGUUCCAGCGGACUUGAAGGACAACCAUCAACGUAUAGCACUUCUCUAUGCUGCUCUGUGUGGCCAUUCUCACGUGGUGAGGACACUGUUAAAGCGCGACGAUGUUGAGCCAGACUUUAAAGACAGUGAUGGCCGGACACCGGCUUUUUGGGCAUCCGCACAAGGGAACAUGUCUGUAGUAGCACUAUUGAAGAAGGAAGCUGUUCGUGAUACAUAG